UCAAAAAAACAUAAUUUUAAACUGUUUUCAAGUUCAAAAAUGCAUUAUAACGAUUUAUUCAAAAACAAAAUGACCAUUUGUAAUGGGACAAAACCCCAGUGUGCAAGAAACCCGACCAUGGGUUUGAGUAUUGAAUCGUAGAUGAUAAACAUUGGUUCUGGAUCAAAAUGUCAUAACAAACAUUUCCCAUCACUUCCAAAACCGGCCAAAAAUAUAAACAUGCUAAAAUUUCUCUGAAAGCACGUGUUUGUUUCAUCUAAUUCUAGCUUUAAAAUGCUGUAAUUGUUUGUAAAUACAUACAUAGCUGAAAGGCAACAGCGAAACAUACGUGAGUGACAAUUUCCAGAGGCCAAAUAGUCGUGUGGUAAAAACACUCAUUAUAGAGCGGACAGAAAAUUCUCGCAACACCCCACAUGAAUCUGCUACCAAAAACAACGGCCGACUUUGGGUCGACCGAAUAUUGGAACAACUUCUUCCGCAAGCGUGGUAAGCAAGCGUUCGAGUGGUAUGGCGAAUAUCCAGAGUUGUGCGACCAGCUGCACCAGUACAUCAAACCGAAGGACGAAAUUCUCGUGGUCGGUUGCGGUAACUCGAAGCUGAGCAUGGACCUGUACGAUGUUGGGUUGAAAAAAAUCACCAACGUCGACAUUUCGCCUGUGGUCAUUAACUAGAUGCAGGAAGCAAACCGUUCCACACGGCCCGAAAUGACCUGGUACCAGAUGGACGCCACCGCAAUGUCCUUUUCCGAUGAAUCGUUCACCGUCGUGCUAGAUAAAGGUACGCUCGAUGCGCUGUUUACCGACGAAUCAACCGCCGUAGUUACUUUGGUGCAGAAAUACUUUUCCGAAAUCGGACGAGUGCUUCGUGCGGCUGGUCGAUACAUUUGUAUAUCGCUGCUACAGGAACACAUCCUGCGUAAAGUGGUAGACCAUUUUCCGGCCGCUAACUUUAUGCUACGAAUUGUGCGCUGCCCUGAAGCAGGCAAAGGACACGGGACACAAGAGUCCCCUAAUGCGGAUGGUUCGUCGCUGGUUGUUUUUGCCAUUGUGGCGACAAAGUUGAAAAAUAUCCCUAUGCGUAUCCUCGAGCUGGGUCUAGCUGGCAAUCACAUCGAGCGUGUACAACAUCCCGAAGAGCUUUUGGCAGCUGUAGCUGCCGCGCAGAAGGCAGCCAUGGUAUGUAAUGGAUUGGCGCGUGGUAGCAUAGCCGGUAUGGCGGAGGUGUCGCUGGAUCUGUUUGCUCCAUACGAAAAGCAAUGUCCACGCUACACAGUCCACGUGCUGGAUCAGGCUCCAAAGCGGGGUAACGGAAAAUAUGCUGCCUUCAUCGUUCCCCAGGGACGGGAAACGGAAUGGCUGUUUGCAACACCGACCGGCCGAAGGAAGUUACAAGAAUCGGCUAAAUUCGAUCGUUUAGCGAUCGUAACCCUUCACCGUGGACAUGUGUUUAAGGAUCUGGAGGCAGUUAAGGCGGAGUUAACGGAAAGCGUAAAAUCACUCGCACCACAUGGACUCCAGGGUGCAUCGAUACCGUAUCUUUCUAUCGGCGCCGAGGUGGGCCGCCGCGAAACGAUUCACACCGGGCAUAGUGAACUGUCCGGCUUUUACCUCGUGGAGGAAAUUGCCGGUGACAAUGGGCGGCUGUUAAGGCGACUAGUUUUCCUUGCCAAUCAAUCCGUAGUACAAUCGGAAGCGGCACUCAAAAUGUCCCGUGUACGUGGAAGCCGAGCGGCACAAAAAGUGAUUGAUCCCGGCUACCUGGCCUGUCAACAUCAUCUAUUCAUGACGGUGGGUGUACAGCUGGCAUCUACCCUGACCAGCCCUAGCUCGAGCAACAACUGUCCAGUGGCCGUUGUUGGAUUAGGCGGUGGCGGUCUCUGUACAUUCAUCCGCGAAUGUUUGAAAAAGACCACCAUUACAGCAGUUGAAAUAGAUCCGGAAAUCGAACAGAUUGCGGUGAAAUAUUUUGGUCUUACGCUUGAUCAACGUCUGCGGGUCGUUAUUGCCGACGGUAUCCAGUUUCUAGCGGAUGAAGCGGCUCAAGGUGCCCACUAUUCCGCCCUGCUGUUUGAUGUCGACAGUAAAGAUCCGAGCGUGGGUAUGAGCUGUCCACCGGCCGCUUUCCUUGAGCGAACAGUACUGUCCAACGUACACAAACUAAUCGGUGAAACGGGACUGUUUGUAUUGAAUCUGGUGUGUCGCAACGACAGUCUGCGGGAUACGACGAUUGAGUCGCUAAAGCGAACGUUCCAUUACGUGCUUUCGUACCAACUGGAGGAGGAUGUGAAUGAAAUUUUCUACUGUACCAACAAUGAACGGCUCAAGGACGUGUCUAACUGGCAGGAGCUGCUGCGAACAGCGGCCGACGAUGUGAACAAGCUGGCCUGUAAAGAAAAGUUAACCCACGAAAAGGAACUGGUCGAUUUAAGCGACUUUAUUACUGCCCUUAAAAUAUAGGCACACUAAAGAAUUGUUAUAAACAAUAA